GGACGACAAACAUGAUUGACCGUUUGGUUCUGUGGACUAUUGAAACCGGGCUGAUAACCAGGUACGAGGAAAGACGACGAUUCUGGCGUGUUUAGACUGAAGUUAUGUUGAGCUUGGUCGCGGUACUUGUCAUGAGCUUCUUCCUAGCAAUGAAGCAGAAUUACAUAUGGGUUGGAUUAUAUGCGAUCCUUGCGAGCGUGAAUGGAAACUCGUUGCUGGCAUCGCUAAAUGGCAGAUUAAUCUUUCGAAGUGUGACGAACCAAAACUUACGCAUGAGCAUUCUGAGUGGUCCAGGUGGUGGGCAUAACAAACAACAAGUUCGUAAAUGUAUCAUCUUGUAAUGCAGUGUACUGAAGUCACAUGGAGCCUGUUGUGAUCAAUGUCACCCAGACAGUCAGAGGUUCUCCAGAGAUUUUCAAACACGAUGAGGAGGAGGUUUACGAUAAACCGCUGGAUAUUGAAU